AUGUAAUACUCUCAUUUACAAUGGAACAGAUUUUUGUGAUACUUAGAUUAGAUAAAGUGAAAUGUUAUGUUUAUUUCCUGUAUUUGCUUGCCGUCAAUCUCAUUGCCGAAUGCACUGCCUGUUCGUACAAUUGUCUAUGCUGUUUGUACAAUCUUUUUUACCGAUGAUGUGCAACAAUUAUGAUAAUAGUACUAGUGCAGCUAUUAAUUUCACGUGUUCACGAUAUUUCACAACUUUAUAAAUUUGCAGACGACACGCAGAAUGACGCAACGAAAAGUGAUAGUGCUUUUGAUAGAACUUUCUUUAUUGUUUCCCCGUUUCCUCUCAGAAACUAUUAUAACGGCGCGUAAUGAUUUUGAAUUCGGGGACAUCGAUUCGGAAGUGGCGGAUGAAUUGGACUGGACGAAGCAUCCUUGUCGACGAAAUUGCAAAGACGAAACACCUCCAAUGGAAUGUCAUUACGUGUUUAGGUUAGAAGCGUAUCAUACAGUGAGCAAAGCAUGCUACGAUUGCCCAUUCAAUAUCACGGAUUGUUUUCGCGAACAUUGUAUUCCAGCAGAUGGAGUCGAAAGAUCGAUUUUAGUGGUUAACCGGCAAAUGCCUGGACCACCUAUCGAGGUGUGUCAAGGUGACAGGAUAAUAGUCGAUGUAAUAAAUUUAUUGCAUUCUGAGAGUACGACGAUGCAUUGGCAUGGUCAGCAUCAUGUUAAGACGCCAUAUAUGGAUGGUGUGCCUUAUGUGUCUCAAUGCCCGAUUUUGCCAGGUUCAACUUUUCGUUAUGAUUAUAUUGCCACCGAAGCAGGCACACAUUUUUGGCAUUCUCAUUUAGGCUUCCAAAGAGGCGACGGAGUAUACGGUGCGUUAAUUGUGCGUACAUCACCGAAAGUAAAUUGGCACAAAGACUUAUACGAUAUUGACGAUCAUACUAUCUUGAUUUCGGAUUGGACUCAUGAAUUAGGAAUCGAUAAAUUUUUAAGUCAUCAUUAUGCAGGUGGAGACAACAAACCGCCUAAUAUUUUGGUUAAUGGUUUGGGCCGUUUCACUAUUAACCGGCACGAAAACAAUAUAUCCGCUAUAAUGCCAACUGCAAAAUUUACCGUUAAACAGAAUACUAGAUAUAGAUUUAGGCUUAUUAACGCUGAAUUUCUUAAUUGCCCGAUUGAAUUGUCGAUCGAUAAUCAUACUCUACAUGUAAUUAGUUCAGAUGGGCGUGAUAUUGAACCCGAGGAAGCGGAAUCUUUGAUAAGCUAUGCCGGCGAAAGAUUCGACUUUAUUGUUGAAACUAAUCAAGAUGUGAAUAACUAUUGGAUGCGAUUUCGUGGAUUAAUGGAUUGUGAUGAAAGAUUCACCAAGGCCUAUCAGGUUGCUGUAUUACGAUACGAAGGUGCACCUGAAAAAGAUCCAGACGGUGUAGUCUUGUAUGAACGCGAAUCGAAUGAAUAUAUAGGUCAGCAGCGAAUAAAUGCUUUAAAUGAAGGCAUGGAAACUAAUAACAGCGUUAGUAUACCAUUGUUAAAAGCCAUGGACAAAAAUGACAAAUCGAAUAUUGCACAUCCUGAUUAUCAAUUUUAUGUGUCUUACGAUUUUUAUAAAAAAGAUAAUCCUCAUUUCCAUCGUGGAAAGCUUUAUGGAUUUAAUCAAGUAAAAGAUACCAAACGAGUACUUACUCCUCAGUUGAACCAUAUCUCAAUGAAGUUACCACCCAUGCCUUUGCUAUCUCAAAGAGAUUUCAUCGAUUCAGAUCAAUUUUGUAAUGCGAGUACUGUUCAAGACUGCAUACAAGAUUAUUGUGCUUGCACUCAUGUUCUCCAAGUAAAGCUUGGUAGUGUGGUAGAAAUAAUCUUGGUAGAUGAAGGUUUCGCGUAUGAUGCGAAUCAUCCGUUCCAUCUUCAUGGCUAUCAAUUUCGUGUGAUUGCAAUGGAAAGAAUCGGCAAGAAUGUCACCGUUGAUCAAAUAAAGGCAUUGGACAAAAAAGGAGCGAUACGACGAAAUCUUGAUCGUGCCCCAUUAAAAGAUACCGUAACGGUACCGGAUGGCGGUUAUACUAUUUUACGAUUUCAUGCCAACAACCCAGGCUAUUGGUUGUUCCAUUGUCACAUUGAAUUCCACGCGGAAGUCGGAAUGUCGUUAAUUUUUAAAGUUGGCGAGCAUAAAGAUAUGUUACCAGUACCAAAUAAUUUUCCUUCUUGUGGUAAUUGGCAACCUAAAGAUAUACCAUUCAAACCAAGUACCGUCAAUAUUUUAUUAAACACUACGGAAAUUCCAAACGCAACAGUAGAUAAAAUUACUGAGAACAGUAUACAACAAUUUAUAAAGGUGUUACCGCAAGUUCUAAGAACAUUACAAAUGUCAUCCUCAGCUAGUACCUCAGUUAUUUCGCAUAUUUGUUUCUUUCUUUUUCUUAUUCCUCUUUUAUAGCUGUAAUUUAUAAAAUUGUGUAAGAAAAGGAGAAUUGUUUGUAAAUAUACUGUUUUAAUUGUUUUGUUACAGUUAAGUAAGUAAUAUGUACGAGAAUUUAGUCUGGUACAACAUUCUCUUGUACGAGAAUUAACAUCAUUGUAUUAUUUUAAAUUACCAAAUAAUCAUGUUACCAAAUACAUAAUAUUUAGUAUAUAGAGUAUACAUUCUAACAAAAAGCAAUUAAAUAAAAUAUGAGAAACUAAAAAUAUCAAAGAAAUAUUUUUGUAAAAAUAGUUUGGUAUCAAGAAAAUUCUAAUUCAUUAUAAACUAUUGCACUGAUUUUACCUAAAAACAUCAAUUUAUAUAUGUACGUUGAUACUUGAACGAAAUUGGAUGCAUAUGUUAUUUAGGAAAUGUCCGUUUGUGUUCUAAUCUAUUUUCAAUUGUAAGUAGUUUUAUUUAGUUUUAUUGAGUAUUUCUAUACUGUGAUAUAAAUAGUAUAAGCAUACUUGUUAAAAAUUAAAUACCGUUGAUUGUUAAAAACAGUGUUCAUAAUAAGUAGUUAAUAUAUUUCUUAUUUUUACAUGUAAUGAUACAUGCGAGAGAAUAGUUAAUGAAUAUUCUUAUGUUAUAUUAUGUUAUUUUGUAAACGAACAUAAAAUUUGAUGAUAUAAAUUAAAGAAUUUUAUCCAUCCAGUAAAUCUAAAAUUUCGUGCGUGAAAAUCUGUCGAUAACUUUUUUUGAGAUUGUCAAUUGUUAAAAAAAUGAGGAACGAAAAGCUUAUAUUAAUAGCGUAUGUAGUAUAAUAUGUAUCAGGAGAUGUAUAAAAGGUGUCCUAAACUUCAAAGUUUAAUGUCGCACUAUUUUGUAAAUUUGUAAAUUUGUAUGUUUAAAUAAAAAAAAAACUAGUUCCAUUUA